GCAGCUGUUAUCGCUCGCUUUUGCCAUCACUAGUUGUGUGUUUUGAUUUUUGCUGUUCUGUUGCACGAAAUCUUUUUUAAAUUAACUCUACAAAAUUCAGCUUCUUUGUCAAUUAAAACAUGUGCGAAAAGGUCACCGCCCGCUGUAAUUGGCCCCAAAUCGGGGGUAACGAGUUGGGUCAGCUAGUGGCCACCUGUUUGUCCGACGAAGACGUAUUUGUGAAGCCCGAUUUGGACGAUGUUGUAAACGAAGAACGCGCUGUGCUGUUUGCAAAUACGGAAAAUCCCCCGCCGCCCUGUGAGCUCAGAUUUCAGAUCCCGACCCGCUUUAAAAUCGCAGCCCUCACCCUGGUUUGCAGUGCCCCUAAGGUGGAGCUUUUUAUUGGGCCCUCCCAGGAGUACUGCGAAACCGUCUACGGGGUGUGCAUUGAAGAGGAGGAUGGCGAGGUUCCGGUGCGACCCUAUCGCUACGACAUGGAAAUAGACCGUUCCGGAAUAAAUGAUAUUAAUCUCAAGAUGCUCACAUCGGCCACCGAAAUCUGUGUUUACGGAGCCAUGCUGCAGACAGCCCCGAAUCCCAAUGGCAUAACUACCCAGCUGCCAAGACCAAUGGAUUUGGAAAGAAUCCAGGAACUGCUGCAAAAGGGUGGAAGCAAUCUAUCCAAAAAAGAGGAGCAGGAUGCGAAGUUCCAGCAGUUCAUGUCCCUGAUGAAGGGUUGUUCCCCGCAGAUGGCGGUUAAGUCCCAGGAAACUGAUCCUAUCACCGAUGUCUCAAUUCUCAAAGAGCACAUAGACAUGAGAUUCGAAAAGCUUACUCAAUUAGUGGCCAAGAGACUGGACAAUUUUGAGGCGCAACAGACGGAAAAACUUGACAAAAUAAUCGCUCUGCUUGAAAAACAGAAAUAAUAAUUCGAAAAAUGUUCUCACUUAAAUAUAAAAUGUAUCAUUCAUCAUUGUAAUUUGUAAUUGUUCCAAAAGACUGCUGGUGCGACUGUUUCGAAUGUGAUUAUACGAAAUUUGUUCUUUAA